CCUAUUACAAUAAUUACUCAAAGGAAAACUGUUCAGAUCAGUACUGAAAGUCAAGAACUACUACUUCAGAAAUAUGGCACAAAAUUUUAUGACUUGUCAAUUUUGUGAAACAUCAAAUGAGACAAAAUGGAAAUGUAUCAAUUGUGAUCUGAUUCUCUGUCAGGAAUGUAAAAUCAAAAUUCAUACAAAACUUAAGAAAAAUCAAAGUCAUAAGGUGAUUGAUUUAAAGGAAUUCAGUAAUUUAGGAGCAAGUGAAACUAUCCGUGAUCUGGAUCUGAAGGACAUUCAGUGUACAACUCACCACAAGGAACUCUGUUUUAUUUACUGUCAGGAUUGUGAAGUGUUGUCAUGUGCAGUCUGUCUAUUGGAGUCACACCAAAAUCAUAAACUGACAAAGAUUGAUGAAGUGUACAGUCAGAAAGUAAAAGAACUCCAAGAACUGGACAAUAAAAUCAGUCAGGAUCUGCCGUAUUUUGAAAAGUGUGAAAAAGAUCUACAAGUAAUUAAAUCAGAUGAACAAACACAACAUAAUGGAAUAAAGCAGAUAAUUUUAAAACGCAAAUACGAGCUAAAAGAAGAAAUCACUAAACAUACAGGCAAUCUUAUCACAGAAUUAGACAGACUAUGGGUUCCCAGGAAAACAGAAAUUUCUAAACAGCUUCAGGAUAUUAAGAAAAAGAGUGCAGACCUAAGAUUAAAGAAAGCUAAAAUUCAAGAGGCAUUUCAAUCCAACAAGGCAUCUACCAUUUUUACAACAUCUGAUCAAGUAAGCAAACAUCUUCCUGCUAAACCUGGCAAUUUUUUGUCAAAAAGGCAAGUCCUUCUUUCACAAUCAAAAGAUGAGAAAUCAGAUUUGGAUUCUAUUAUAACAAUUCCAACAUUUAAAGUAAGAGAAAUAUUUACCUCUGAUAUGCCUGCUAUUUUUAGGAUUAAGAAUUUGGUAAAUGGUGUCAAUAUUAUGUGUCCUAUAGAUGACAACAUUCAAACCUUCACACUCAAGGAUAAUAAAUGCCAAAUUACAAAUAUAGCAGAGGAAAUUGGUAAUGACAUUAUAGAUAUGACUGUAACUGAUCAAGAUAAAUUACUUUUUACAACUGCUUCAAAUUCAGAAAUCAAUUGCUUGUCAACAUUUACACCUGGUUGUGAGGUGGAAGUUUUCAUUUCAAUAUCACCACUACAUGCAAGAGGUAUUCAUGCAAGUGUUAAUACUAUUUUAAUAGGAUUUGUUGAAAAAGAAGAUUUAUUCCCUUUAACAGAGGCAAGUAGAAGAGGGAUUAUGAUAUAUGACUAUAACUGUAGACAUGUGAGAACAAUUGAACGUGAUCAAAAUAAUCAACUCUUAUUUUCAUCACCAGAUGCAAUCACUACAAAUAUAAAUGGAGAUAUAUGUGUAGUAGAUAGUACAAAAAGUGACAAUUGGGAAGGCAGGGUGGUUGUUUUAGGGGAAUGGGGGAACUUUAAAUGGGCAUAUGAUGGUCAUCCCUGUAUUAAUACUGAAUAUAACUUUACACCUUAUGACUUGGUCACAACAUCAAAAGGUAUAAUAUUAGUGACAGAUAGAGACAGCAAUGCUGUUCAUAUCCUGUCUAUGUGUGGUGAUCUAGUCUCUAGUCUGAAUGAAAGUCAUGGUAUUGAGAAACCUUCAUGUCUAAAUAUUGACCUCAAAGGUCAGUUACAAAUUGGUUGUGAUAGUAUAGAAACAAAAGAUGAAGUUGCUAAACUGCAUUUAGUAGCGAUGUCUUUUUAAGAUGAGCAAUAUUCACAAUUUUAUGUAAACAAACAUCCAGCAGGGACAAAUCUCAUUUAUACAAAUUUUUUAUUUAAUCUUAAUUAUAGGUUAAUAAGAAAAGGAAAAAUAGAUCUCUUACUUUUAUUUCCAACAUACCAUUCACAUAAUUAUUAUCAACUCAAUACCUUAAACAGGUAAAAAACUAGAGGCUCUAGAGAGCCUGUGUCACUCACCUAGGUCUAUGUGCAUAUUCAACAAUGGACCCUUACAUUGUAGACAGAAUAGAUUUCAUGACAAAGAUCCACUUUUUGUUGAUUUUGUAUUGCUGAUCAUUUUGUCUGCUUAAUUUCUCUCUAUUUUCUUUAGUUUUUGCUCAAAACACAAAAGAGGGUAAAAAAAUCCUCAUUUAGGGGCAGUCACUCCUAUAGAGUGACAGUCUACUUACUAUAUCGGCAAAAUUUGACUUGUUUGUGGAUCUUGCCUUGCUGAUCAUUUUUGUUAUUUAAAGUUUCUAUUUAUCUAUUAUAAUUUUUAUCAUUUAAAGUAAAAUGCAAAAAAAUUGGUAGAAAUUGCUUUACAGGGCUAUAACUCCAAUAAGGAGUCACCAUAAUAUUUCCUCCAUAUUGUCUUAAAUGUAGAUCUUGUCUUUCUAAUCAUUUUUGAUUAUUUAGGUUUCUAUCUAUCUAUUAUAGUUUUUAAGAUAUUAGGCAAAAACGCAAACAAUUGGUAAAAAACAGUCAUCAAAGGGCUAUAUCUCUAAUAAGGAGUCGACUGACGAUUUUUACUAUGCCAAACUUAUACCUAGAUCUAGACUUACUGAUCAUUUUUGCAACUUAAAGUUUCUUUCUAUCUAUUAUAGUUUUCAAGAUAAUAGGCAAAAAAUGAAAAAAAUAGUAAAAUUUGUCAUUUAAAGGCAAAAACGCAAACAAUUGGUAAAAAACAGUCAUCAAAGGGCUAUAUCUCUAAUAAGGAGUCGACUGACGAUUUUUACUAUGCCAAACUUAUACCUAGAUCUAGACUUACUGAUCAUUUUUGCAACUUAAAGUUUCUUUCUAUCUAUUAUAGUUUUCAAGAUAAUAGGCAAAAAAUGAAAAAAAUAGUAAAAUUUGUCAUUUAAAGGCAAUAACUCAAUCAUAUAAAAAGCCUCCUGACAGUUUUAACGUCUAUGAACAAUUGGUAGAGCUCAACAUUCUGAACAUUAUUUCCUUGUCCAAUUUUCUCUAUUUAUAAUGGUUUUUAUAGGACCGCAAAAAAAUUGCGUUUGUAUAUUGCUAUCAUGUCGUCAUCCAUAGAAAUUUGGUUUCUGGACAAUAACUUUAGUAUGAGUGAAAGGAUCUCUAUGAAAUUUAACCAAAAUGUUCAAUAGCACAAAAGGAAGGUUGGGAUUGAUUUUGGGGGUUAUGGUCCCAACUGUUUAGGAAUUAGGGGUCAAAAAGGGACCAAAAAAGGCAUUUUUCUAGUUUCCAGACAAUAACUUGUGUACAAGUGUAUGGAUCUCUAUGAAAUUGUACCAUAAGGUUCCAUACCACAAAGGGAAGGCUGUGAUUGACUUGGGGGGUUAUGGCCCAAACCAUUCAGGUAACAGGGGCAAAAAAAGGGGGGGGAAAACAAGGUUUUUCUGAUUAAUGGACAAUUACUUAAGUAUUAGUCUAUGGAUCUCUAUGAAAUUGAAACACAAGGUUCCAUACCACAAAGGGAAGGUUGGGUUUGACUUUGGGAGUUAUGGCUCAAAGGGUUCAGGAAUUAGGGGGAGUUAUGGCUCAAACCGUUCAGGAAUUAGGGGCAAAAAGGGGGGGGGGGGGGGGGGGGGGUUCUGGUUUCCUGACAAAUACUUAAAUAUUAGUCAAUGGAUCUCUAUGAAAUUGUACCACAAUGUUCCACACCACACACAGAAGGUUGGGGGUCGAUUUUGUGGGUUGUGGCUUUAGCUUGUGAUUUCAGCUUCCCAAUUGUUAACUUUCCAUUUCUAUGUAGCAACAUUCCAGCAGUGCCUGCAUACGGAGUAUAUAUCUCCCAAUUGAUACGAUAUUCCCAGGCUUGAAUUUCCUAUCAUGAUUUCCUUGAUAGAGGAUUGCUGCUCACAAGGAAGCUAUUAAACCAAGAGUUCCAAAUGGUGAAGUUGAAAUCAUCCCUUCGUAAAUUUUACGGACGCCAUCACGAGUUGGUUGACCGUUAUGGAAUAACCGUUUCACAGAUGAUAUCCGAUAUCGGAUAUGUUCCUUAUGUCGUUACUACAAUACCCUUCCCUUUUCAUGAAUGUGACCUACCAAAUUAAGACUAUUUACCGGAUUUGUAAUAACAUAAGCAACACGGGUGCCACAUAUGGAGCAGGAUCUGCUUACCCUUCCGGAGCACCUGAGAUCACCCCCAGUUUUUGGUGGGGUUCGUGUUGCUUAGUCUUUAGUUUUCUAUAUUGUGUCAUCUGUACUAUUAUUUGUCUGUUUGUCUUUUUAUUUUUGGCCAUGGCGUUGUCAGUUUGUUUUCGAUCUAUGAGUUUGACUGUCCCUCUGGUAUCUUUCGUCCCUCUUUUUUAAUCGUUAAGAAACUAGAGGCCAAAUAGGGGCCAAAAACAAGACUUUUCUUGUUUUCAUCAAAAACUGAUUUCUGGUGGUUCUAUGAUAUGCUGAAUCUAACUGUGCAUUCAGAUUUUUAAUUUGGGCCCUGUUUUCAAAUUAGUCCAUAUUAAGGUCCAAAGGGUCCAAAAUUAAACUAUGUUUGAAUUCGUUUUUUUUUUUUUUAUAUGCUGAAUCUAACCAUGGAAUUAGAUUUUAGAUAUUGGACCAUUAAGUAGAUUAUAUGUCCCAUUUCAAAUUUUUAAGUUAUCUGACCACAUUUUGUCUGAGUCAGAAAUCUAUAAUGUGUCAAAUAUUUAAUCACUAUCCAAAUUCAGAGCUGUAUCAAGCUUGAAUAUUGUGUCCAUACUUGCCCCAACUGUUCAGAGUUCGACCUCUGCGGUCAUAUCCAGCUGCUCCAGGCGGAGCACAAUUUUUAAAAUAAUAGACAAAACUUGCAUUUUACCCUAUGUUCUAUUUUUAGCCAUGUCAGUCAUCCUGGUUGGCAGGUGGUGUCAUCGGACACGUAUUUUAAACUAGACAUCCCAAUAAUGAUUGUGGCGAACUUUGGGCCAGGUGAGCUAAAAAAAGGAACAGCUAUCAUUUCUACGAAAGUAAUAAAGGAAAGAAUUCAAUUCAAAAAUUGUGAAAGGGUACAAAAGGCAUGCUCUAUACAUAAUUACCAUAAUAUAAAUAACAACAAACCAGAAAGUCGGUAAAAACUAUCAUUAAAUGUUCAUCACAUGUACAGUGACUAAUUCUUGAUGAAACCAGUUUUAUAUUAUAUAAAAAAAAACUCAUAAAAGGUACCAGACUUAUAAUUGUUUAGGCCAGACAAGCAUUUAGUCUACAAAAGACUCAUUAGUGAUGCUCAAACAAAAAAAGUUAAGAUCAUAACCGUGUAACAUCAGUAAGUAUCAUAAUAGUUUUCUUAGAAAUAGAUAUAUGACAUAAGAUUAAUCAAAAUCCCACAAGUGUGAGAUGUAGGUCAUCAUGGUUAUAGUGACCAAAAUUUUGCCUCAAGCCAUUUUUUUUUUUUUUUUAAACUGAUUUUGCAAAGAUAAUAAGGUUGUUAUAUUUUAUACAUGUUCAUUUAAUGAAUAUUUCUUUUUCUGCAUAGAUGAUUUCAUAUAUCUUAACUAAGUUAGGGCAACUCUUUCUGACAGUUGUUAAUCAAUACUAUCAAUAUACCUUAUCAUUAUCAUAACAAAUAUGUUAAUCAAAAUAUUCUUAUUUAUCUUUAAAAAAAAAAGCUCUUAGAAUGUUUAAUUUAAUUAAUUGAUAUUUGUGUUGGCCAUUCUUAUAUUACUAAAAUUGAAAAAUGCAUAUCUUUCUGAGGUCACACAAACAGGAAAAGUAUAUUUGUAAAUUUUAAUCAUUAGUAACUGCAAACAUUAUUUCUUUCAAAUAAUAAUUUACAAGUUCCAUCUUAUAAAGCUUUGACCAAAGAAGAAAUUUCUUCAACUGUAGAAUCCAUUGGUAUUAAAUAUAUUGACCACAGUCAACUAAAUCACACCAAAGAGCGUACUUUCUUAAGCUUUGAUCUAGUUUUUGUAACUGAAACAUGCUUAUAUUUUUUAAAGGAUUUUUUGUACUCUGAUUUCAUUUAUAUAUGUUGUUAUCAUUUUUGUUGAUGGAACAAAUGUCCUUGUUCCAUGACACCUAAUAUCAUGGUUUAUAUUUGCUCUAUUUAUAUUAACUAAAAAUUUGUAUUUCCUCAAGGGUCUUCAAAUAAUUCAUUGUCUCUCCUUAGACACAAAUUCCAAAGAACAGUUAUGAAUCAACAAUAGUUAAUUUUAUCUGUAGUUUUGGUUGUCUGUAUAUCAUUAUCAGUGUGUUAUGUGUAUUUUUUCUUAAUAAAUUUUUGACUUUU